ACGACAGCGUUCCUGACCUCUUGCUCCUAUUCCUCCCGCUCCUCCCGCUCCUCCUAUUUCCUUCUCCUCCCUCUUACACAGAUCUCAAUCUCCUCUUCGAUAGUCACUCUGUUCUCAACUCGUUGAAAUCGGCCUUUCUCACAACAAUCAUCCUUUCUCGUGCAAACCUUUCGAAGAUUGAGGCAAGAGAUUGAAGCGCUUGAAGCCUCUCCCACUUGCAUAUUCGAGUACUAUUACCGGCCCUUUAGACAAAACUACAACUUCCUGACUCUCUCUCCCCCUCUCUCUCCCUCUCUCUCACUCCCUUCGCGCUUCGCUCUCAACCAACAAGCGGAGCUACCAUGAAGCUUUUCAGAAACUUUUUCAUGCUUUUCUUGGUGGGCUUCGACCCAAGUCUGUCCUAUCGUGCGUUCAGGUUCAGGUCUGGGUCGAGCUCUUCAGCAGUCCGCUCAUGCAGACUGAUGCCUAGGAUGCACUUGACCAGCGGGGCUGCCGAUGACCAUGUAAUCAGCACUCCCUCGUUGAGAAGGGAUACGUCCUCGCACAAGUACAAGCUUGAUGCUGCUGCAAGGAUCAUUGCCAUCGGCGAUGUUCACGGGGGAUUCAACGAGCUCCAUCAUGCGCUCAAGAUUUCUGGAUGCGCGGACGAGGAGGGAAGGUGGACUGGCGGAGACACAGUGGUGGUCCAGAUGGGAGACUUCCUUGACAGAGGGUCGGACGAGUCUCGAAGCAUCGAGAUGCUGAGAGACCUCAAGGUGCAGGCCAAGGACGCAGGAGGGGAUGUGAUCACCCUGCUGGGCAACCAUGAGAUCAUGAACGCCGAUCUAGACUUCAGCUACGCUCCCGACAUCUACUCGUUCGACUCUUGGCACGACAAGUUCAACAUGGCGGAGAAAUUGCAGACUGUGCUCAAGGGCAAGAGGGCCCAGCUCAUGCAGAGGGGCAAGGGGAAGCUUGCGAUGCUCAUGUCGACGAUGCCAGUGGUCGUGCAGAUAGGCGACAACGUGUUCGUGCACGGAGGCCUCACCAGGGAGACGAUCUCGCACGGCAUCGACAAGCUCAACCAGGAGGUUGCCGACUGGCUCCGGAAGGACGCAGACGUGAAGCCUUGGCUCCUCGAUCCUGUUCCCAAGGGAGGAAGGACCGUCUCUCCCUUGUGGGAGCGUGUCUACGGGAUGCCCAUCGUACCAGAGGCGGCGCUAGAAACUCUGGAUGGGAUGCUAGAGUCCAUGGACGCGAAGCGCAUGAUAGUAGGUCAUACCCCGCAGAAGUAUGGGAUAUCAGGGGUAGGGACUGAAAAGGAAAAGGAAGUCUGGCGAAUCGAUACGAAUCUCAACGACAAGAUAAUGGGACGUGUCGAGUGCUUGGAGAUCUUGACGGACCUGGAGAGCCCAGAGGCGGCGUCGACCGUCCGUGUGCUGUCGGAAGACGGCCGGAUUAUCGCAGCUGAGAAGCGAAAGAACAUGUUCGAAGAACUCCUGCGAUCCCAGAACAAAAAAGAGACGGCAAUCCCUGUGCCGUUGAGAACUUGA